AUGAUCGUAAAUGUGCAGCAAAAUGCCGCUGCUCCUCAACAGCAACCUGGAUUUGUACAGCCAAGUCCUGUAUACUCACAGCAACCACCUCAAGUUCCACCUCCUGCUCAGCAGCAGCCCGAAAAGAAAAACUCGAAUCCGAUUAUUCUCGCUGUCAUUGUAUUUUUAAUCAUCUGUAUCGUCGGUAUCGUAGCAGGCAUUGCUAUGAGUGCCAAUCCUCCCCCACCUGAAGAUCCUCCAACGACAACUACGACUACAACAACAGAAGAAACAACGACAACAAUCGGCUACUCUGCUGAUCUUUGCUCUGGUCUCUUCGAUAACAAUGUUGAUUCCGCAUCAUCUUUGGACAUCAAAUCCCCAAAUUAUCCAGGCAGCUAUGAUGAACACACGGACUGUAGCAAAAUCUUCCACUCUUCAAGCGGCGAAGGACUCACCUUUGAAUUCAUCGUUUUCGACACAGAAUUGUGCUGCGAUUAUGUUCGUUUCUUCGAUUUUACUGAAACUGAGCUUGAAACGUUUUAUGGAAUUCGCUCCGGGAAAGUCACGUUUCAAGAGCCAACAGUCCAAGUUGAUUUUUAUUCUGAUGGCUCGGUUUCUCAUUCGGGAUUUCACAUUCAAGUCAGUGAUGGAGUCGACCCUUCGUUAUUGGACAAUAUUUGCUCUGAACCCUCAGAGAGCUGGGUUCAGUCAACAAUGCACAUCAAGUCUCCAAAUUACCCGGAAAACUAUCACGGCUUCUAUUACUGCGCUAAAGAGCUUCACUCUUUCAGCAAUGGACUGACAUUUGACAUUCUCGACCUCAAUGUCAAUAAUAACGAUAAUGUUUGGCUCUCUGAUCAACAUGGAAACCUUCUUCAAAGUCUCACUGAGGUCGGAAGUAUCGGAAUCGAAUCGACAUCAAUCAAGCUCAAUUUUUACUCUGAUGGCUCGUCUCCAGCAGCUGGAUUCCACAUUCAAGUCAGCGACGGCGGCGUCGACUCUUCAUCGUCAAAUGAUAUCUGCUCUGGCGACCUCAAUAAUGACGUUGACACGACUCUGGACAUCAAGUCGCCAAACUACCCGUCGAACUACAAUGAUAACACGGAUUGUGCGAAAAUUUACCACUCUCCAAGCGGCGAUGGACUCACUUUCGAGUUCCUCGAUUUCAACACCGAGGUGGGCUUCGACUACGUUCACUUUGAAGAUUCAAAUGGAGACAAUCUUGUUACUCUCGAUGGUGGUCACUCCGACACACUUUCUUUCCAAGAACCGUCAGUCGGAGUUCAUUUUACAUCCGAUGGUGGUGUGACAAGAACUGGCUUUCACAUCCAAGUCACUGAUGGAUACGUCUCUACAUCGUCCAGUAAUAUUUGUUCUGGCAGCCACGAUAACACUGUUGUUUCACCUAUCGAUAUCAGGUCUCCAAACUACCCGGAGAGCUACGCUCAUAACACGGAUUGUUCCAAAGUCUUCCAUUCUUCCAGCGAUGGACUAACUUUCCAGUUCAUCGAUUUCCAUACCGAAGAAGAUAACGAUUACCUCGACUUCUCAGAUGAAAAUGGUGACAAUCUCGAGUCAAUUCAUGGAUACCGCUCGGGAAUGAUUUCGUUUCAAGAGCCGUCUGUUCAUCUUCGUUUUCAUUCCGAUUGGUCGGAACAAAAGUCGGGUUUUCGCAUUCAAGUCAGUGAUGGCUACGAUCCUUCACACGACACGACAGCGACUCACAUUGAACAUGGCUUGCAUUGCCCUGAUCCCUUCAAUCCACCUUCGAUUUCAAGCUCUCGAAUUGUUGGAGGUCACGACGCUGUUCAAGGAGACUGGCCAUGGAUCGCGCAUCUUGGAGGCUGUGGCGCAACGAUUUUGACGAAAAAAACAGAUGGCAGUAACGAUAUCAAAGCAGUACUUGAACGAAUUCGAAGCAUGCUCAAAGCCGCUCAUUGCUGUGGCUACUACAGCUCUGUCGAUAUUGGCAAACACAACGAACACAAUACAGAUGACUUCGCUACCGUCCCCAUUUUGCACUACGAGAUCCACCCUCAAUACGACGACAAUUCAGUUUCCCACGAUUACUGCAUUCUCAUUGUCCCCAAUUUAAUCGACAACGCUGACGCGCAUUUUGAGCCUGCUUGUUUACCAGGAAGGGAUUGA